AUGACGAGUCCCUUGUGUGUGGAAGAAAUGGAUAUAUCGGAUAAGAACUUCAAACCUUGUCCUUGUGGAUAUCAGAUAUGUCAGUUUUGCUAUAACAACAUUCGGCUGAAUCCUGAAUUGAAUGGUCGGUGUCCUGGUUGUCGUAGACUAUAUGAUGAUGAGAGUGUGGAAUAUAAGACCAUCUCGCCUGAAGAGUAUAAGUUGCAGCAGUUGAAGAAAGAGAAAAGAGAACGGGAAAAGAAACAACGAGAGAAGGAGAAGAAGGAAAUGGAAACAGCCAAUAAGAAACAUUUGGCUGGUCUCAGAGUUGUACAGAAGAAUUUGGUUUAUGUUACAGGUUUGAACCCGCCUUGUCCUUCAGAUGAUUUACAUACCGUUUUAAGAUCCGAUAAGUACUUUGGACAAUAUGGAAAAAUUACGAAAAUAGUCAUUAAUAGGAAGAGCCCCUCAUCUGCCCCUUCAAAUCCUCCUUCUGGUCAUCAUUCUAAUCCUGGAUUGGUUGUUUACGUCACAUUUCUGAAGAAGGAAGAUGCAUUGAAAUGUAUUCAAGAUUUGGAUGGCUCCUUGUGUGAUGGAAGAAUCUUACGUGCUGCACAUGGUACAACUAAGUAUUGUUCUUCCUACUUGAGAGGUCACCCGUGUCCCAAUCCUAAUUGUAUGUUUUUGCAUGAGCCAGGUGAAGAAGCGGACUCCUAUACCAGAAAGGAUUUAUCUACUCAAUCAGGUAUCAAGAUGUCCAUGAUGGGUAUGAAUAACAAUAGAUCAUCUUCAAACGUCAACUUCACAGGGGGACAUCACUUUGGUACAAGUGACGAUGAUCACCAAAGUGAUAAUGCUGAGUCUAGUGCAGUUUCAACUCCAGUUGCUACUGUUCCAACUACUGUGCCACAGCCUAUGAAUAUUAAUAAUGUUCCGCCUGCCUCAGUAGCUCCAUUGCCAGCAACGGCACAUUGGGCCAAUGAUGGUUCUACUAGCAGUGCUAGUGCUUCACCAUCCGUAGCUAACAAUGCCACGUUGACCAACACUGCUGCUUUCCCAACAUUAGGAGAAAUCGUUAGGGAACAGAAAUUGCAGCAGAAGAAGGAUGGAACAAAGCAGAAGACAAAAGGCAAGGGAAUGAAGGACGCAGCCCUAAAUCCUGACGAUAUUGAUAUUGAUGAUGAUGCUGCCCAACAAUUUAUAGAAGAAACCACAGACUAUUUGAAGGCAUUGGCUGAUAGUAAGGAGAAGUUGAGGGUAACUUUCACCACAUCUGUUGCAAGAUCGGACGGAAGAAAAAUUUUACCUUUAUUUUCAUUUAACCCUUCAGCAACCUAUACAAAUGAGUUCACUUUGGGAGAUGAAAAAUUGGUAUCUCGUCAAGUAGUCGAAAGGUUCCUUUUGAAACCAUUGAAAAACUAUGACUUGGCCUAUCAAAAUCACCCAUUUAUGCAGCAAUUCAAUGUAUUGCAAUCACAAUUACAGCAGCAACAAUUACAAGCUCAGCAAUUGACUCAGAGACAACAGAAUCAAAGUAUUGAUAGUCUAAGCAUUGCACCAGGGAACCAAGAAGGUACAUUCUCUUCCGAUCAACAAAAGCGUUUGCUAGAAGUUCUGGGAAGAGGACAAGCCCAAAGGUUUUCAGGUACAGGAUCAUUGGAUCCUUCAGCCUUGGAUAGUGGCACCUUAAACCAACAGCAAGGAAAUGAUCAGCCAACUCCACAACAACUUAUGGCGUUACUUCAAUUGCAGCAACUGCAACAGCAAUCCCAACCCCAGGUUAACAUGUUGAGGUUAAAUGAGAGAGUAAAUACGUCAACUCCACCACCUCCUGGUCUUUUUGCACCCAAGAAUAAUCUUGAUAACCAACAAAUGCUUCUGCAAAUUCAGUCACAACUGCAGCAUCAACAACAAGCCUUUGCUACUACCGCAUCUGCUUCUGCGAUGGCUGCUCCUUCUUCGAGCUCCCAGUUGUUAACACAGUUGAUGAGUGGUAAGAGAUAG